GAACUGGGUUUGCCCCCUCCUGCAGCUGGCUUUUGGCCAGGACUUCCCGAGGAGAGGCUGCGUGGGGCUUUCCCUCCCAAAAGCAGGCGGUGCGCGGGGAGGAAGGUCAGGGGCUGCUGAGAGGCCGUAAAGGACCAGCACGAGGCCUGAAGUGUGUGAGACUCAUCCUUCUGCCACUGCUGCCCUAUGAGGGGAGGGGAGAGGGAGGCAGGACCCGGCACCCGGCUGUCCCUAGGCCAUUGGGUCCCCGCCCUGUGCCGUCCAUCCCACACCCCAUUGGGUGCUAUCUGGCUCUGCCGUCCCUAAAUUUUAUUCUAUCUGGAAAUCACCCCAGGUCUCUGGAGGGGUAUCUCACUUGUUCCCCCAAACUUUGUAAGACUUCAUCUCGGGGGAACCAGGGAGCCCUGUCUCUCUUGUCUUCCCACCACUGUUCUCAUUAUCACUCUCUCACCAUUUCUUUGUUCCCUCAUCUGUGUCCCCAUCUUCCUGUGUCUCCUGGCCCCCAGGCUCUGUCUUCCUCCCCCUCCCGUGUCUCCUCUGCCACAGUCUCCAGCCUGCUUGGGCCACGGCCCAGGCGCCCUGCCUGGCCGUCCUCCCUGGCUCCCCCUCUGCGGCUCUGAGCUGGCCCCACCUCCUGCCCCCCCCUUGGGCCAGGCCUCUGAUCCGCCUGUGGACACCGAGGUCUAUUGCCUGGCACAAGGCCCCUGGGGCCGAGGACAGACCGCAGCGCCUCAGCACCCCCAGAGGCAGCCCCUCAGCCUGAGCAGAGGAGCCCCCGGCAGCAGGCAUGGGGGUGGGCUGCCCCACCAGGUAAGUACUCCACGCAGAGCCCCCAGGCCAGGGUCCCCUCCCGCCUCCUUGCCUGCCAUCUUCCUUUCUGGGGCAUCUGCCCCAACACCCCCACCCCAUCCUCACUGUUCCCCCCUCAGAGGGUUCUAUCUCACCCUCAGUGACAGAUCCCAGCCCCAGAAUAAUCCCCCCCCCAGGUCUGGUGCCCCCAACUCUGAGCUCAUCUCCAUUUUCUGCCCUUUUUCACUCCACCCCUCCAUGCUCCUUCAUCUUGUCCCACCUCUGUCUCCCAUCUGCCUGUCUUCAUGGCUCCUGUCUUUCCAGUUCCUAAGAUCAUCUCCACUUCUCUUGGCCCAGCUGCUCCUGGUCUUCCUGUUUCUUUUCUGUCCCCUCUGGGUUCCCGAGACACCCAUGGGGUCUCCGUCUCCCCCUCUUUCUCAGGCUGCCUCACUCCACCUGCCCUCUGCUGCCAUCUCUGAGCCUCUGUACUCUUGUUUUCCUUCAGCCUCCACCCCUACCUCCCUUCCUGUCAAUCUCUGCCCUCCAACCUGUUGCCCAGACCCCACUGGUGAGUUGGGGGUCGUGGGGGGACCAGCCAGGGUCUCAGGGAGAGUGGGAAAGUGCUGUGAGGGGGUGGGGCGGGGCUUCUUGGCCCCAGAUUAAACAGUGACUUUGACACGAAGUUGAUGCACCUUAAGCCCUGCGCCGCCUUAAUAUGGAAACAUUAAGCUGCUCUCCCAGGUCAGGGGGAGGCGGGGGAGGGGGAGGACUUCAGGCACUGGAUCCUCUUCCCUCGUGUCCUGCCGUGGCUGCUGGGAGGUGUGUGCCCUGCGAGCUGGGCCAUGUUGGACUCAGACGGGACCCCCUAGAGGUGAAGGCCCCUGUCCACUUUCGGAAAUGGACGAGGUCACGUCUGCCUCACAGGGCUGAGGGGCCCCAGGAGGAUUUAGGAAAGCGGAGUCCUGGGUUGGAAAGUCUGAGGACCCAAACCGGCACCUCCAUCCCCAGUACUCUGCUGGUCUGGCCAGUUCUCUGAGCCACUCCCCCACCUGUGAAUCGGGGCGAUGACCUUGACCUCCCAGCAUCCUGAGCAGCCAAGGUGAGCAGCGGGGUCUGAUGGAGCCCAGCAGGCAGUCUGUGGGCAUCUGGUGAGCUCUGCAUUGUAGGUGCUUGGGAAACCUGAGCAGGCAAUUCGGUUGCCUGUAGUCCACUCUGCCACUCAGGCUUUGGCACCGAGAAGGCUGAGUGGGAGUCCAGGGUUUGCCGCUCCUUGGCUAAGGGACCGGGGACAAGAGAUGGACCUCAGCUCUUCAGUUGGCUUUACUGUGAGAAGCCAAGUUGCGACAUGCAAACGUUGUGGUCAGAGAUGGGUGGGUGGGUGUAAGGGCCCCAACCCCCUGCCCCUACUCUGUCACCUGGUGGUCCCUGAGGGGUGCUAGUGCACAGUGGGGACUUCUGGGCAGGAAGGGGCUAUAAAUGGAGAGGUCAGAGCCUGGAUUCUGACCUCAGACCUGCCCCCUUCAAUGACCAGCCUCAGUUUCCCCUUUUUAAAGAACAAUCUCUAAUGCCCAGAGUAGCUGAGGAUGAAAAGAAGAGAGUUGGGGCACAUCAUGGAUGCUAAACACAGCCAGGCCCCGUCCUCUCUGACCUGAGCCUCAGCUUUGACUCUCUAGAAUGGGCCUAAUAAGCACCCAUGUGGUGGGGCUGUCUGGGUUCAGGUGCAGACCUCUGAGCAGGGGUCAGGGGAGGGGGAGGGUACCAGUUGGUGUUGAACUUGACAUCACCUAACAGCCCUCUCCUUGGAGUGAGUGCCCCCAGCCCUGCCAAGAAGCCAAUAAUCUCCAGAGCCUGGUCCAGGGGGCCCAUUGUACAUAGGUGCUUGAUAAAUACUGACAGAACUGAUAUGCAAAAUGUUGGGAGGGUGGUCCUUGUUUUUUUUUUUUAACGGAGGUAUUGGGGAUUGAACCCAGGACUUUGUGGAUGCUAAGUACCCACUCUACCACUGAGCUAUACCCACCUCCCCAUAUGCAAAAUAUUUAACCCCCUACCCCAGACAGGUCCUGGAAGUCCCCGCCUCACAGUGCCAGAUGUUAACCCUGCAGCUGCUGGAGGACAAUGAGGUCUGCAGGUCCAUGCCUAGUCCCUUCCCUCCUCCUCUCCUCCCCACCACUCUGCCCAGGGUUCAGCUGCUUAAGAUUCCCUCCAUUUCUCAGAUGAGGGAACUGAGACUCAGGAAGGGAUGUGACUUGCCACCAGUCACACAGCUAGUUAAGUGCCUGAGCUGGGAUUCAAACUUGAACAGCCUGAUGCAAAAGCCUGAGGUCUUAGAUCGCUGCUCCUUUCAAGGUUGUUUUUUUUUUAAUCCCCAUUCCACAGAUGAGCAAACUGAAGAGGAAGCCAGUGGUCCCAGGGCACACAGUGGGUCAGCAACUGACCGAGGACUGGGUCCUGGGUCUCUAUGUCUGGAAGACCUUCCUGACCUUGGAGAAGUCCAGUUUCCCCAUUUUACAGCUGAGGAAACUGAGGCUCAGGAAGGCUGGCCCAAGAUCUGAGGGUCAGGGCUAAGCCUGGGUCUUCCUGGAGGCUUUUUUUUGGGGGGGGGGGGUUGUAACAGCUUCAUUAAAAUAUAAUUCACAGACCCUAGACUUCAUAGAGGAAAAUGUACAAUUCAGUCUUUUUUAGUAUAAUCAGAGUUAUACCACUAUCACCAUAUUCAACUUUAGGACAUUUUCAUCCCCUCAAUAAGAAACCCCAUUCCGCUGGCUGUCACUCCCCAAGCCCCCAUCUCCCCAUCCUCCCCACAACUAGUCUACUUUCUCAAUUUAUAGAUUUGCCCAUUCUGGAUAUUUUAUAUAAAUGAAAUUAUACAGUACAUGGUCUUUUGUGAUUGGCUUUCACUUAGCAUGAUGUUUUCAAGUUUCAUCCAUGUUGUAGCACCUAUCACUUCAUUUUUUAAAAAUUGCUGGGUAGUAUUCCAUUGUGUGGCUCUACCACAUUAUAUUAUCCAUUCAUCGGCUAAUGGAUAUUUGGGUUGUUUCCAUCAUUUUUUGGCUAUUGUGAAUAAUGCUAUGAUCAUCUGUAUACCGCGUUUGUGUAGACACUUGUUUUUAUUUCUCUUGGGUAGAUACCUGGGAGUGGAAUUGCUGGGUUAUCUGGUAACUCUAUGUUUAACCACUUAAGGGACUGUUAGACUGUUUUCCACACCAGCUGUACAAGUUUACAUCCACCAGUAGCGUGGGAGGGUGCCAGUUUUUCCACAUCCUUGUUAAUGCUUUUUGGGUUUUUUGUUUUUUCUAAUUUUUAUAGCUAUCCUAAGUGGGUAUGAAGUAGUGUCUCAUUGUGGUUUUGAUUUGCAUGUCCCCGCUGGCACAUGAUGUCAAUUAUCUUUUCACGUGUUCAGUGACUGUAUAGUUGACCCCUGAAUGGCACGGAAAUUAGGAGUGCCCACCCUCUGCACAGUCAAAAAUCUUAGUAUAACCCUAGAGUUGGUCCUCUGUAUCUGUGGUUCUGAAUCCAAGGAUUCAACCAACCAGGGACUAUGUCAUACUACAGUAGUAUUUAUUGAAGAAAAAAAAAUUGCAUAUGAGUGGACCCAUGAUGUUUAAACUCAGGUUCAAGGGUCAAAUGUAUAUCUUUUUAGAAGAAAUGUCUAUUCAGAUCCUUUGCCCAUUUUAAAAUUUGGUGGGUUUUUUUGGUUUGUUGUUGUUGUUGUUAUAAGGGCUCUCUGUUUUAGAAAGUUUCUUAGAUAUAAUUUGCAACUACUGUUUCCCAUUAGUGAGCUGUCUUUUCACUUUCCUGUUAGUGUCCUUUGAAGCACAAGACUUUUUUUUUUAAUAAAUUAUUUUUUAAGCUUUUUUUUGGGGGGGGGAGGUCAUUAAGUUUGUUUUUUAGUGGAGGUACUGCGGUUCAAACCCAGGACCCUGUGCAUGCCAAGCAUGCACUCUACAGCUGAGCUAUACCCUCCUGCCUUUUUAAAUUUUUUUUUUUAAUGAAGGUACUGGGGAUUGAACCCAGGACCUCGUGUAUGCUAAGCAUGCACUCUACCACUAACCUAUUUCCAUCCCCCAAGAGGUUUUCAUUUUGACAAAGUUUAAGUUACCUUUUUUCCCACCUUUUGUUUCUUGUACUUUCUGAGCUUUUGAACCACAGGUGACCUCAGAGCCUGGGCUCAUCUCUGCGCUGCCUCCACGCUGAGCAGUAGUUACCAUUAGUCUUUAUGAGCAUAGACUCUGGAGCUGGAUGCUAGCACUCAAAUCCCAGCUUAUUGAGCCGUGACCUUGGGCAAGUUAAAUAAACGUUCUGUACUUGGGUUUCCUCAUCUGUAAAAUGGGGAUAAUGAUGCCUACAUUGCUGUGAGGCUCAAAUAUGUAAAUUCACAUAAAGUGCACUGUAUAAAUGUCUGCUCUAAUUACUGUAGUGCCUGCUGUAACCCAGUAUUGUUACGGCUGUAGUUUUGUUGCUGUCAUUGCUACAGGUAACUCCUACAGUAUCAUCAUCAUUGUUGUUGAUGCUGUACUGUUCUGAUUUUUCCAUCCAUUUGCCAGAUGAAGCCACUAAGGCCCAGGGAGCAUGCCUGGCCAAUAAGCCCACCCAUUCUUAGCACCCUAGACUUGGUGGCAUCCCUGGCAUGCGCAUUUCUUGUUCCCGCAGGUUCGGGGCGCCCGCCCCCCGCUAGGCCAAGUGGAGGGGGUGUCCCCACCCAAUGGGCCUAGCCAGGGCCCUGCGCCGCCUGAGCGGCGCCCUGGAGUCGGGGGACGACCGGGCGGGCGAUGAGGAGGAAGCCGGACCGGGGCUGUGCCGCAACGGGUGGGCGCCCGCGCCGUCGCUGGUGGGGCGGCGCCGCGGGCGCUUCGUCAAGAAGGACGGGCACUGCAACGUGCGCUUCGUGAACCUGGGCGGCCAGGGCGCGCGCUACCUGAGCGACCUGUUCACCACGUGCGUGGACGUGCGCUGGCGCUGGAUGUGCCUGCUCUUCUCCUGCUCCUUCCUCGCCUCCUGGCUGCUCUUUGGCUUGGCCUUCUGGCUCAUCGCCUCCCUGCACGGCGACCUGGCCGCCCCGCCGCCGCCCGCGCCCUGCUUCUCGCAGGUGGCCAGCUUCCUGGCUGCCUUCCUGUUCGCGCUGGAGACGCAGACGUCCAUCGGCUAUGGCGUGCGCAGCGUCACCGAGGAGUGCCCGGCCGCCGUGGCCGCCGUGGUGCUGCAGUGCAUCGCCGGCUGCGUGCUGGACGCCUUCGUCGUGGGCGCCGUCAUGGCCAAGAUGGCCAAACCCAAGAAGCGCAACGAGACGCUGGUCUUCAGCGAGAACGCCGUCGUGGCGCUGCGCGACCGCCGCCUCUGCCUGAUGUGGCGCGUCGGCAACCUCCGCCGCAGCCACCUUGUCGAGGCCCACGUGCGGGCCCAGCUUCUGCAGCCUCGAGUGACCCCGGAGGGUGAGUACAUACCGCUGGACCACCAGGAUGUGGAUGUGGGCUUCGAUGGUGGCACUGAUCGAAUCUUCCUUGUAUCUCCAAUCACCAUCGUGCACGAGAUUGACUCCGCCAGUCCUCUCUAUGAACUAGGACGGGCUGAGCUGGCCCGAGCUGACUUUGAGCUAGUGGUCAUUCUCGAGGGCAUGGUUGAGGCCACAGCUAUGACCACACAGUGUCGUUCUUCCUACCUCCCUGGUGAGCUGCUCUGGGGCCAUCGUUUUGAGCCGGUCCUCUUCCAGCGUGGCUCCCAGUAUGAGGUCGACUAUCGCCACUUCCAUCGCACUUACGAGGUCCCGGGGACACCCGUCUGCAGCGCCAAGGAGCUGGACGAACGGGCAGAGCAGGCUUCCCACAGCCCCAAGUCGGGCUUCCCUGGUUCUCUGGCAGCAUUUUGUUAUGAGAAUGAACUUGCUCUAAGCUGUUGCCAGGAGGAAGAUGAGGAAGAGGAGGCCACGGAGGGGGAUAGGGCAGAGACAGAAGAAGAUGGGGCUGCCAGCCCCCGAGUACUCACACCAACCCUGGCAUUGACCUUGCCGCCAUGAUGCAAGCUGAUGUCUCCCUAUUUGUACCCCCUUCCCAGAGGUAGCAAGACGGAGAGAUUGGGCCCUCUCCUGGGCUGGGGUCAGGUGUUUCCUAAGACCAACAGGCCUGCUGGGUAAAUUAUUAGCUGGUGAUGUUCUGCCAUGCCUAGUGGACCUACCAUGGAUGUACUGGACCUUCAUUCCUCUGAGUUCUGUGCUCCCUCCUGGGACCCCUUUGUCAGCCCAGUUCCUGAGUCUCACCAGAGAUGAGGGAUCCAGAAUUCUGGACCACCCAAGAGGCAAGGACUGGCAAUUCUAGAUUCCUCCAUAUGGCUGGUUAGGUUUGUUGAGCAGGAUCUUGAAACAAUGGUAUAGACUGCCUCUGGGGGAGGAAGUCUGCGGUGCUCAAGCAACAAUGGAGAUCAAGAAUUUGUUGGUCUGAAUUGACCUAAGAUUCAAGGAACUGUUGCUUCUCGACUCAGCCAACCAUGUAGCAAAUCAUUGUUUCUAGACUACCUAAGGAGGGAAAGUUAUGGAAUGCCCCAAGAAUUCUUGAUUGACCAAUGACAAAGAAUAUUGACUGCAAGUCAAGAGAAGAUUUUGUGGGUCCAGAAAACCCCAAAGUUGAGAUUCUGUGAAUCUAGAUUAACCACAGAGGCAAGUACUGGUGAAUCUAGAACAGCUUUGACCGGAGAGUUGGACGAAUCCAGAAACGAAAGAGAGAGGUUUCUAGAAUGCAUGAAACAAUGGAGAGUCUGUGGGUCUAGAGGGACUAAAGUGGCAGAUUUGGGAGUGCUUGAUGUAACUUCAGACCACUGGCUAUAGGACCGCAAACCAAGGGGCUGUCAGUGCUUCUGAAUGAUCCACAGGUUUUGUGUCUUUUUUAAGUGCCAUUCUAGAAAGUCCAAAAGAAUCAGAUUGCUCUAGAUUGAUCACAGAGUCAAGGAAGGAGUGGCGAUUCUAGGUGUCUGAGACUUGCUGGUUCCACUUUGCCCAGUGAAGUUCGGGAUGCAGUCCGUGAGGAUACAUGACUUCUUUGUGGUUCUGUAAUGCCAAAAUAAAUCAAGGCUCCAGGGAUCGAGAGUUGUCCAUUAUCAAAACCUGGAAGUUCUAAUCAGCUCCUAGAACUUGGCAGUUCGAGGAGGUGGACUCGGAAUUUGACAGGCAGCAUUGCUGGGCUGGCCUGGGAGGUGAGGGCCCCGCCGAGACCCUGUGGGUAACAGAGUUAGUUAUUGGGCAAGGGAAGGGAGAGCCCCAAGGCUGGUGAGUCUACGAUGCUCUGGAAUCCUCCACCUAGUGAUGUG